AUGAUGAGUGCUCAAGAUAAUUAUACAGGUAUUCCACCAACCAUAAAGAAAUUGUUAGUGAAUCUUCUGCGGGUGCACGGCCAUGCAGAAUUAGUAAAUGAAAAAGAGUCAUUGCAAAAAAAAUCCGACCAGCUAUUACCUAUUCUACUGAGCAUGAUAUUCAACAAAGACAUUCCCAUUCCCUCCAGAAUUGUCAUUCUACAAGCAUACAGAUAUUUAAUGGUUUCUUUAAAGAUUCCAGAUGAAUUUGUAGAGCUAAUAAUUGAAUCUAUUCAGACUGAACAGUGCCCCAAUUGGAUUAGUGAAUUACUCACCGCGUGUAUAGGGUUUUCAGUUGAAUCUGAGCACGGCCUAAAACUAUUCCAGUGCAAAGAGUUCUUUAUGUGUAUUCAGUCAAUCUAUCUUACGGCACCGUACAAAGCAGGUAUGCUUCUUGUUUGUAUAAUCAACAAAAAACUUGCUGCAUAUUUCGACAGAAAUAUUUUUACCAUAGCUCUUCUUCACUCUAGCUAUGGGAUUAUACAAAAAAAUUUAGGCGUACUUAUCGGAUAUGCAGAAGGGUAUAAAGAACUGUCUUUGGAACUUCCAGAAAAAAGUAACUUUUUAAUAAGCAUAACAGCAAAAGACUUUAGCAAAACAGAUCUUGGUUAUAUUUUUAUCUGGCUAUGUAAAGUGGAAAAGUCUGCUUUGAUGUUUCCAUCAAUUAUAUUUCUGGCAAAGCAAUCUAGAGAAGCAAUGUACUAUUUAGACAGACUUGGUGGCUUUGUUGAAAUAAUGAGAAAAGAGCUAAACCUCCUGUCACUUAACCCAGAGAACACAAUAAUUUAUCUUAGACUAAACCAUUUCUUAGAGAACCUUCUUCCUCUGUCAGAGCGAUUCCAGCAUAUAGUUUCCGAGCUGGAAUAUAUCGAUGUAAUUAUGCAAAUGAUAGAAAAUGAAAUGAAAAAAGAAAUAUUUUCGGCUGUUUCAUUCUCAUCCUUUCAGAUUUUAAAAAUACUUUCCCGUACGCAGGAAAUUACUGUUGACUACCUCUCUACCUACAGAAUGACAAAUCUAGUUGAAAAUAUUGCUAUGACAGCGCACAACUACUUUAAGGAGGAUAGAUACCCAGAACUAUGCAUAAGCAUUAUUGAGUUCUUCUUUUAUGUUGGGAAUCUUGUGGUGUACAACCACCACUGGAAGGAAAUCGCCAUAAAUAGCAUUAUUCCAUAUGUGCACAGAUACUUGCCAAUCCAAGAGUUUCAAGACUGCGUAAUGAAAUUCAUGUGCGAUAUUCUAUUUGAAUCCACAUCGGAAAUAACACAGACAUUCAUUCAGCACAUAAAAUUACAGGAAAUUCAAGAAAGGGCGACUUCUCUAGAAAGAAAGAUUGUUUUUAUGUCUAUUCUAAAGAAUAUCCUUGCAAAUUCUAAAGGAAUUGCAGUUCUUCCCUCUCUUGUUGAGGAUAUUCUGAGUGAGAUUUUGCUUGUGGCAAAUGCAGACUCUAGUACAAUAAUUGAUGUGGGUAACGAUCAUAAUACUUCACUCUCAAUGCUCUGCAGUGAAAUAAUACUAAUACUAGCAAAUAUCGCAAUUGUAUCUCCGCUGCAUGGCAUUAAAAAAGAAAUUGUUGAGCUUUCAGUUGAUAUGUUCAGAAAGGCGCCUACAUCUGAAGUAUUCCUUUCAUUCCUUUCGUAUCUUAUAAAUAUCUCUUGUGCACCAAUUCUGUCGUCUCUUCCCUCCCUACAGAUGGAUCACCACCAAAUAAGCAAAAUGGAAAUAAUCAAAAAGCCUUUAAAUAAGUGCAUCGGAUUUUCUUCUAUAUGUGCAGACACAUUAAAUGAUAUUAUAUUCAUAUUGAAGGAAAGAAUCGGAAAGGAUCAAGAGGUUGACUUUAAGAUAAAGAAGUUUCUAUCUAAGAUAAAGCUCUUAUAGUCUCCAGAAAUAAAGAAUCCAUUGUAUA